AGGCCCCCGCCUUAGCCGUCGCCGCCGCCCGAGCGCCAGAGCCCCGGCCCCGCCCCCCGCGGGUGGAGCUCUGUCGGCCGCGGCGUCGGCGCCCCCUCCUUUUGGGCUCCCUCGUCACCAUGCCGCUCUACGAGGGCCUGGGGAGUAGCGGGGAGAAAACGGCGGUUGUGAUCGACCUGGGAGAGGCCUUUACCAAGUGUGGAUUUGCUGGAGAAACUGGUCCAAGAUGUAUAAUUCCUAGUGUGAUAAAAAGAGCUGGCCUGCCUAAGCCUGUCAAAGUUGUUCAGUAUAAUAUCAAUACAGAAGAAUUAUAUUCCUACCUAAAGGAAUUCAUCCACAUCCUGUAUUUUAGGCAUCUAUUGGUGAAUCCCAGAGACCGCCGAGUUGUGGUUAUCGAGUCAGUAUUAUGUCCUUCCCACUUCAGAGAGACACUCACUCGUGUUCUUUUCAAAUAUUUUGAGGUUCCAUCUGUCUUGCUUGCUCCAAGUCAUCUAAUGGCUCUUCUGACACUCGGAAUUAACUCUGCCAUGGUCCUGGAUUGUGGAUACAGGGAAAGCCUCGUGUUACCUAUAUAUGAAGGAAUUCCAGUACUAAAUUGUUGGGGAGCACUCCCCUUAGGAGGAAAAGCUCUUCACAGGGAGUUGGAAACUCAACUGUUGGAACAAUGUACCGUUGACACAGGUGUUGCUAAAGAACAGAGCCUUCCUUCAGUGAUGGGUAAAUUCAUUUUAAGCUGUUUAAGAGCAUCAUUCUGUUUUUUAAACCUCAUUAGAGAUUCGGUUGUGGAAAUUCUUUUUGAACAAGAUAAUGAAGAGAAAUCAGUUGCCACUUUAAUAUUGGAUUCCCUUAUGCAGUUAAUGACAUUUACUUGGGUUCUGAGAUAUGGUAUCAAUGCCAUUUCAAACCCAGGGAUAAUGAAUGCCAAGGACAUGGCAUUUUUUCAGAGCGGGGCAUAUGGAGCUAUUUUUGGAGCAUUGCAAGAUAUACUUGGGAGCCGUUCAGUUUCAAAGGAAUAUUAUAAUCAGACAGGUCGUAUACCUGAUUGGUGUUCUCUCAAUAAUCCACCUUUGGAAAUGAUGUUUGAUGUCGGGAAAGCUCAGCCGCCUCUGAUGAAGAGAGCAUUUUCCACUGAGAAAUAAAAGUUUGAUUAAAAUUCAUCUUUCCUUCAUUUCUAAUAUUUAAUCAAUUACAAGAGAAUUGUACAAAAUAUGUAGGAUGCUUUGUUAUAGGUGACUACAGUGAAAGUGAAAGCACUUCCUUGUUUACCCUUUGCAUCAAUAUGUAAUUCUUUUGACUUUGUUUCCCUUGUGUAGUGGUAGAAUGGUAGCUGAUGCUUAUGAGACUUAUUGUAUUUAUAUCAGUAAAAUAUAGUAGAACAGUUUAAUUUUG